CAGCCGCCCUACGAGACCAUCCCGCAGCACAUCAACAGCACGGUGCACGACCUGCGGCUCAACGAGAACAAGCUCAAGGCCGUGCUCUACUCCUCGCUCAACCGCUUCGGGAACCUCACCGACCUCAACCUCACCAAGAACGAGAUCUCCUACAUCGAGGACGGCGCCUUCCUGGGCCAGGCGAGCCUGCAGGUGCUGCAGCUGGGCUACAACCGGCUCAGCAACCUGACGGAGGGCAUGCUGCGCGGCAUGGGCCGCCUGCAGUUCCUCUUCGUGCAGCACAACCUCAUCUGCCGCCUGGACGGCGCCACCUUCGCCAGCCUGGCCAGCCUCAUGGUGUGCGAACUGGCCGGCAACCCCUUCAACUGCGAGUGCGACCUCUACGGCUUCCUCACCUGGCUCGUGGUCUUCAACAACGUCACCAAGAACUACGACCGCCUGCAGUGUGAGUCCCCGCGGGAGUGCUCUGACGCCUCGUCCACCACGGACGCGUCCGCCGGGCCGGCCAUCAAGCUGCACCACGUCACCUUCACCUCGGCCACCCUGGUGGUCAUCAUCCCGCACCCCUACAGCAAGAUGUACGUCCUGGUGCAGUACAACAACAGCUACAUCUCCGACGUCAUGACGCUCAAGAACAAGAAGGAGAUCGUCACCCUGGACAAGCUGCGGGCGCACACCGAGUACACCUUCUGCGUGACCUCGCUGCGCAACAGCCGCCGCUUCAACCACACCUGCCUGGCCUUCACCACGCGCGACCCGGUCCCGGGGGACCUGGCGCCCAGCACCUCCACCACCACCCACUACAUCAUGACCAUCCUGGGCUGCCUCUUCGGCAUGGUCAUCGUGCUGGGGGCCGUCUACUACUGCCUGCGCAAGCGGCGCAUGCAGGAGGAGAAGCAGAAGUGCGGCAAGGUCAAGAAGACCAUCCUGGAGAUGCGCUACGGGGCCGACAUGGAGGCCGGCUCCAUCGUGCAUGCCGCCCAGAAGCUGGGCGAGCCCCCAGUGCUGCCCGUGUCCCGCAUGUCCUCCCUCCCGUCCAUCAUUGGGGAGAAGCUGCCCACUGCCAAGGGUCUGGAGGCUGGGCUGGACACGCCCAAGGUGGCCACCAAGGGCAACUACAUGGAGGUGCGUACCGGCACCAGCACUAGCACCGGCACUGGCACCGGCCCCGGCCCCGGCCCCGGCACCGGCCCCGGCACUGGCACCGGCGGGGAUGGCCCAGCCCAGCCUGAGGGUAACCGCCCAGGUGCGGGGAACAACCAGGGCUCGGCCACUGAGAUCUCCACCAUCGCCAAGGAGGUGGACAAGGUCAACCAGAUCAUCAAUAACUGCAUUGAUGCCCUCAAGCUGGACGCGGCCUCCUUCAUCGGGGGCGGCAGCAGUCCCCAUCUGCAGCUUUUCCUGUCCAGCCUCCUCAUUUGUAGCCACUUCAACGUGGAUCAGGGCCCAGCCCACACGAACCCCCUUCCGAGGGCUCUCUACCUGUAA